UUAUCAAUAAGAAAUAUGUUUGAGCGUGCUGCCGGUAGGGGCGCAUGCGACUGCGGGACCGACAUCGUGGCCGGUAGAGUGCUCAUGAACGUACACCACGUUGUGGCUCUUUUAGUGGAGUGGAGAGAAACUGGCUCGGAUCGCCCUUCCCCACAGUUCUCCACACGAGCCGGCUUGAUAAGCCACGUGACGCACGUGCAAAAAUACAAAAUCUCUUGUAGAGAAAUGGAGACUCAGGCAGAUUUGACCACGCCUCUCAAUGAUGCAUGCCCGACGUGCAACAACGUACUGGAAUUCGACUGGACAAGCGCAGAAAAGAUCUGCUUAAACUGCAUCCACAAUCUCCAAUACAAAGAUGAUUUGAUCCUGGAUUUAAAUGAGAUGGCUACUAAUUUUUCAAUGGUACAGCUGGGGAACUACCAGUCUAUACCCACCUCAAUGGCUAGCCCCGUCAACUCUUCUCUGCACUCAUCACCAGAAGUCUUUCUACCAAAAUCUAUUGGUGAUGCAUCAGAAUGCCCCUUGCAUCACUCCGCCUGCCUCUACUGGUGCUACACAUGCAUGACUCCUGCAUGUCUGAUCUGUACCAGUCAGCAACACUCGAUGCUGACAGGACACAGGACCGGGCCUUUGAAUGAAGCUCAAAGCCUCCUCCUGUCUCAGCUCCAAGUGGAAGUUCAAGCGGUUAAGAAGAUUCACAGCGACAACAAACUUUUGACUGGGAGCCACAGAGAAUUUCUCUGUUUAGUGAUGGAAGCCUGCACUAGCUUGGAAAACCUCAUGCGAGAAGAACUGAGCAGUCUCAACAAACAGAGCAGUUCUGCUGUGUCCAAUGGCUUGAACGAAGAAGACACUACCCAGUUUCUGCUAAACAAAGUUACUUUUCAACUAGCUGGACUUUCAGGCCCCGACGAGGCAGCUGAAAUGCUCAGAUCUCUACAAUCGGAACGGAUUCGCCUUCAGACCAAGCAACAACAACUGGCCAUGCAGCUGACUUUGAAUCGUGUCAUUGGUUCCAGCAACCAAGUACUGGACUUGCAUACGUUCCGUCAGGCGGUUCAAAACUUACGAUACUCUGGCAAUCGUGGUCCGUCUACUAUGGAACUGCUGCAGUCUCCACCCACCCAACCCGAUCCUGUGGCCCUUUUGGCCAACGUCUGCAACGCUCGGCUGUACACGAAACAACUUUUGGCCAGCUCUCUACUGACUUCGACUUCCCCCAACAAGAGCAACUCGAUGGCCAGCGUCCUCUCCCCUAGUUCUCCUCUGCACUCGUCUUUCCCUCGUUUUUUCCUAGAUUUGGAAGUCGACGGAAUCGUUGAAGGCCGCGUAGUAUUGGAAACCCGACCAGAUGUGGCGCCCAAGAUGGCCAAGAAUUUCGCAUCGCUUUGCAUGGGUGAGAAAGGAUUUGGCUACAAGGGAUGUCAAGUUUUCCAAUGUUGGGGAGGAGAGUCGUGCAUCGCCGGUGACUUUGAAUGCAAUUCCGGGCGUGGGGGACGAUCCAUCUACGCGGAAGAACCCUUCUUCAUGCCCGACGACAGCAAGCUGCCCUGCAUUCGAGCGGCGAUCGGCAUGAGACGAACGCAAAAAAAGCAUCACAGCCAAGGGCUAGUGGGAUCCCAAUUCCGUAUUCUACUUCGAGACAUGCCCUUCUUCACUGGUGUCUUUGGCCACGUCAUCCACGGAUUGGAAUUGGUGGAACGCGUUUCUUUUCUGGGCGAUCAUCAAGGCUUCCCUCGCAAACUCAUCACCGUGGCCAAUUGUGGAUUGCUCAGUUAGAAGACAACGUUUCGCGACUUUUCUGUGUUUGCUGCUUUUCUUCUCAAAAAAAAACAACAACAACAACAAAAAAGAAAAAAAUGCAAGAGGCAUCGGGAUGCACCCGAAAGAACCUAAUAUUUUUCUCCUAACCCUUCGAAAGCAACGAGUUUUUUUUUCACGUAGUGAAAUGUAACAACUUGGCUCUACAUCUGACCCUUUUCUUUUGACGACCGAUACAAAUUAUUGCAUCGCCCAGUUUCAAUACUGCCACAUGUUGUUUGGUAAAUAGCAAGAAUUGUUGUUAUUUCUUUGUCGUACUUCUUUUUUUUCUGUCGUCGAUUUAGUUAUUAUUACCCUCUUUCUAUUUCCGCUACAUUUCGUCGCCCCCAUUCGUGAAGUUCGGAUCAAGCAUUUGAAAAAUUGUCCCACUUUUUUUUUUCCUCCUCUACCAAACUUUAGCUCCCGCCCCCCUCCACCGUUGUGUUAUGGUGCCUACGUUUUGUGUUUUUGGCGUAAACGUUGAAAAAAAAAAUAUUUCAUUUAGUCUUUAUUAACAUCGUGUGGAAGGCAAAAAAAAAAAAAAUGCUACUUUUUUUUUGUCCAACGAAUUUUUUAGGUUGUUACAACACGUCGACAUGUCUAGUCUGUCAGUGUGUGCGUGUGCGCGUAUGUGUCGGGAAAAAUACGGAGUGCCUUUUGGUUUUCGCUUAUGUCGCACCUUCCUCGGCUUGUUACCUUUACCCCUUCCCUCUUUUUCGGCGUAUCGGAAUUUAUUAAUGUCUCGAGUUUAUCGUGGUUGUUACGGACUAAAACUUUCUCUAGCUCCUUCCUAAUUCUUCUAAUACCUGUAAACUAAAGAGUAAAAAAGAAAAAAAAAAAAACACUCCAUCCACAGUGGAAUUUGAAAGGGAAACCUGAACGCUGAAAUACACGUAACGAUCGCUGUCGACCCUA